AUGUAUAGAAAUACAGUUAGUGAAAAAAUAAAAAAGAUAGCUGAGCAAUCACUUGCAAAGUAUGGUGAGAUCAAUAGUAACACUGUAUAUACAUGGGAUGAAGUAAGCAAACACACACAAAAGAAUGAUUUCUGGACGGUAGUCAAUGGAUAUGUCUAUGAUCUAACUGCAUAUCUGCCGCUGCAUCCCGGUGGUUUCAAUCUACUGUUUCGUUGUGCCGGUCAGAAUGCAACCAACGACUUUGAAGCGAUGUAUCACUCUCGUAAUGCCAAGUUAAUUCUAGAGUGUUUCAUCAUUGGUAAAGUCAAAGGUAGUGCACCUUCUUCAUCAUCAUCAUCAUCAACAUCGAGUACUUCUUCUUCUACUUUGAAACCAAACGGUAUCAAUAAUAAUAAUAAUAAUAAUACAUCACCAUUUAAGAUGCCUACUAAAAGUACAACAAUAAUCACACCUACCGCUACAUCAACUAAUAUUACAACAGCAUCGAUGACAACAUUAUCAAUUUCAGAUGUUUCAAAUAAUAGUAAUACAACUAUAAUAUAUCCAAGUAGUACAACAACAACAUUGACAACAACAACACAAAAUAACAAUAAUAAUAUAGUAAAGAUUGAACCAACUAAAACAACGAUUACCUAUAAACAAAAGAUAUCACAUGAUUCUUAUUUAAUAGAGGUGAAAGCACCAAAGAUAGCUAAUUGGACUACACCACUGACACAUGUUAGUUUGACAACUGUCAAUGAUGAUCUAUAUAGAAGUUAUACUCCAAUUGAUGUUGUUCAAAGAGAUAGUCAAUAUUAUAUACAAUUCAUUAUAAAGGUAUGUCUAGCAAGUUAUACUAUUUAUUUUUAUUUUUAUAUUAAUAUAUUAAAUGAUCAAUCAAUCAAUCAAUCAAUACAGGGAUAUAAAGAAGGUAUUGCAAAACAAAUAGUUGAAUUAAAUGUAGGUGAUGAAUUGAUGCUUAGAGGACCAAUAGAAACAAACCAAACAUUCAAUCUAUCGAGUUUCACCAAAGAUUAUAUCAUUGGUAUUGCUGGUGGUACUGGUAUUACUCCAAUGUUACAAACAAUGAAAUCAUUAUAUAAUAAUAGCAAUAAUAGUAAUAAUAAUAAUAGUAAAUCAAUACCAAAAUUCAUACUUAUUUAUUCAAAUAAAACAAGUGAAGAUAUAUUGUUAAAGAAUGAAUUAGAUGAAUUACAAAAGAAUAAUAGUGAUAAAGUAUCGAUUUACUAUGUAAUAACACAACAAUCAAACAACAAUAAUAAUAAUAGCGUUGAUAAAGUAAAUAAUAUAUUAUAUGGAAGUAGAAUAAACCAAGAAUCAUUAAUAAAGAUAUUAACCAAUCAUCGUGAUAUAAAGAUUGAUAACUUUGAAGUAUUAAUCUGUGGUCCAAAGUCAUUCAAUCAAUCGAUACAACAACUGAUAGAAACCAUAGGAUUCACAACCAACAACAAUAUACUUCAUAUACUAGAAUAA